AUGGAAGCAGAUUUCAAGCAUCUAGAGAAUAAGAUAAACUCUCACAUUGACGAAAUGAUAAAGAGUGUGAUCGAGUCGUUCACAAGACAGCUGGAUAAAUAUGAAAGCGAACGGAAUAAUGAAAUGAAAGACGUUAUUAAUAUAAUCGAAAACGUUCAAAAUAACGUAGAGCAAAUAAAAACAACGGUGUGGGUAAUAAAUCUUGCUGAAGGUAAGCAUGCGGAACAAAGUUCUACCAUGGGAAGAGGUCAAGCAUCAGGGGCCGUAGAUGGUGUUAGAUAUGGGGACUGGAGUGUCUCUCCUUGCACACACACUAACCAUGAAAUAAAUCCGUGGUGGCAAGUGGAUUUGGCUGGGACAUACCCUAUCAAGAGAGUCGUGAUAAAGAAUCGUGGCGAUUGCUGCGGGGAGAGAUUGCACCAUCUUGAGAUAACGGUCAGCAAUGAAGAAGGAGGUACUGCGGAAGCAUGUGGAACUUUCGAAGGACCUGGCACCAAUAAUGCUCUUUACACCAUCACUUGCGACCGUACAAUCAUGGGUAGAUUUCUUAAGCUUCAGAUAGUGGAUGAUACCUUAUCUUAUCUUACUCUUUGUGAAGUGGAAGUUUAUUCUACAUGA